AUGGAAGGGGGGGAAGGUCCUGCACAGGGCAGCGGGUUGGGGGGCCCCCCGGGGCCCCCCCCUGCAGAAGGGUCUGGGGCGGUGUUGUUGAAGGAAGCGGAGCAGCUUGCUGCUUAUAUUGAAGGAGGGAAUCAUUCAGGAGAGAAAGGGAAGUUGUUGCAGAUGUCUUGGGGGGACAAGGCGGUGGUGUUGCCUGCAUUGCGCCGUCUGCUGCUGUCUCCUAAUAAGGAAAGAGAGACAAUAAAAAGGGCAAUAGAUGCCCUCCUCCCUCCUUCAGAUACACCUGUUAGUCAACAAGAUCCUCAUUUCCUUGCAGGGAAACUUUGGCUGCAGGCGCGUCUCUUCGCUAUGCACGAGAAGUCGCCGCUGCAGUUCUGA